AUGCAAGAUAAAUUAGAAAAUAGUACUGUUAGCUUCAACAAGGCUGAUAAUAAUUAGGAAGCAAAUUAAGAGUAUAGUGAUAAUGUCCAGUAGUCUACUGCUGCUGCCCAGGACCAGGGAUCCUAGGAUAACAACAGUGUUAGGUCUUAAAAUCCUAUCAGAAUAAAGAAUUAGAACUAGGUAAUCAAGAAAGUUCAAAGGGUGAAUCUGAAUAACUCCCAUUAGAUGUCAAAUUAGUCAUUCAAAAGAACUAAUUACGAUAUAGAUCAUCUUCAAGGUGGGGGUCCAAUGAACAAGUCUCCAAAGAGUAACAAUAUGAUGAAUAUCAGUUAUGUGAAUUCUUAAUAACUAAACUAAUCAGCUAUUAAUACAUUAGGUCAUCAUAAAGACUCAACCUACACAGUUGGCAUCAGUACAGAGCAGGAAGAAAGCACAAAAGUAAAAAAUGACUUGAAAAAGAAGCAGAUACAAUAAAUCUUGAUUGUCAGAAAAAGAGCCUAAGAGGAAAGACUGCUCUAAGAGUAAAGAAGAAAUGAUAAGAUGAGGGAGGAAGAAGUAAAAAAAAGAAGAGUGGAGCUCGAAAAAAAAAGAUGGAAUCAAAGCAGGAUGAGAAGUUAGCAAAACAACCUUCAAGAUAAAAUUAAAACCGUAAGUUAGCUCAGAUAUGAGAGCAAUAUUAGAAAGGAAAGGAUGAAUAACAUUAAGAUGAAUGAACUACUUUAAAAUGCUUAAAAAAUUAAAGAGCAAAUUUCACCUUAAAAACCCUUAGAAGAACGAAGGCAGAGGAUGAUAGAUAUGACAAGAACUGAGUAUUUAAAAAAAGUAGCAGUAAACCAUACUGAUGCUGAUAAAAAUCUUGAGAAAAUGCAAGAACUGCAGUCUCUCGAAAUAACUCUUUUGUAGAGAUUGCAAGAACACACCUAGAAAUAACUUAAAGUCCAGUAAGAGUAUCAAAAUCUUGUAGGAGGUUCUAGACCUAGGACAACAGCAGUUAUGAAAAAGUAAAUGGUUUUGUAAAAAAUGGCUGAAAACUCUGUUAAUUCUCCGAUGAGAAUCACCUUUACUGGAUAAUCACAUUUUCCCAAGUCAAUUACAAAUAGAGUUACUCAGAGGAACAAUUUUUUACCUUAGAAGGAAUCAAUAAGCUACAUAGGUCAAGUCCAAAUUGAAGAUUAAGAGUAGGAAGAUGCAGCUAAAAAUAAUGAUGAUGCUAAUUAAAAACGUAAUCCCUCUAAUAUGGUGAUAAGAAGUAGAGAUAACUAAAAAGGUAGUAGUUUCGCUCCAGCGUAAGAAGUGUCAAAGAGUCAAGAAUAAGAUCAAUCUUUCUUUAUUACUAAUAACUUGGUUGAGCAGUCUAAGACUUCUUACAAUAAAUAGUCCUCUAAUCCUCUUGAUAAAGUAAGCAGAUCUGAGCAUUCCUCAAAAAUGCAUAACCAAUCACAAUUAUCAGAGCAGAUUUUGCCAAAUUCUUAAGAUAAAAUUGAAGUUGAAUCCUAUAAAAGUAACAGUAAUCGUAAUUCAAAUAGAAACUUAAACACUAAGAAGCCUGGCAGUCAAAGGAACAAUAACAUGUCAUCCCAUCAAAGUAAAAUAGAAUCUAUGAGAGACUCUAGAGUUUCAAAUAUCAAUAACUAAGUCAUUAAUGAAGUUAAGUCUUCAUUUAAUCAAACUAAAGACUCUAAAGUUGAAGAAGAUAACAUUGAAAUGCUAUAAGAUCUGGAUGAUAAUAUACAAGAAGGCUCAGUGUAGGAUGACUUUAUUCCUGAUUCAAAUAUAGUUAAUACUGAUGCUAGACAAUCUAACUAAUCUAAUUUCAAGUCGAAUGUUUAGUAGCUAAGUAACAAGCAAUUUAAUUCAUAAAGCAUAAAUUCUAUUUAGUAACACUCAAGAAAAUCUAAAAAUCAAAGUUAAAGUCAAAACUAUUAAUCCCAAAGCGUUGUUGAAUCGAGGUAGUCAGUUGCGAAAUAGAGUAAUUAGCAGAAAACUGAAAGUGAUGACUACUAAGAUAAUGAUAUAGAGAAAUAAUAUGAGCAGAACCUCAUAAACAUGAAUGUACAAAGUAAUACCUCACUGCCUGAAGAAAAAGAAUACGAGGAUAACUUUGAGGAGAACUCUUAGAAAUCAAAAUAGAACUAAAGUAUUAAUAAAUCAGUGAGCUAAAAACCAAUGAAUAGUAAAGACUAAGUGGAUGAGGAAGAAUAGUAUGAUGAUCAAGAGUUCGAAGAAGAACCUUAGAAGUAAAUUCACUCAGAAUCAGCAAAAUCUUAAUUAACAGCAGGAGAUGGGAAUACUAAAGUGGUUGCAUCUCAGCAAGUAAACGAUGAGACUAGCAAACAAAUAAUUAAUACUAGCGAUUAUGAUGAGGAUGCUGAGUAUGAAGACAUAAAUGAACAAGAUCUUUAAAGUGAGCGAGAUUAAGCUGAUCUCUUGAUUCAUAACUAGCAAUAAAAGCAGCAGAAAAGAAAUGUAAGCUAAGUUAAUGAGGUGCCAGAUGAUGAUGAGGACUAUGAAAAUGAUGGAGAUUUUUAAUAAGACUAGAAUCCAAAGUAAAUUGAGGACAAUGAAGAUGAGGACUACAAUGAUGACUACUAGCAAGAUGCGGAUGAAAAUGACGAUAAUUACGAUGAAGAUGAUUAGUUUUAGAAUGCUUAAAAUGAUGGGGGUGAUGCUGAUGACGAUUACAAUGAUGAAAACUAAUAUCUUGAAGAUUAGCGUCAGUAAUAAAACUAAGAGGAAGAUCAAAUAUAUACAAAUAGCAAUUAGCAGAAUAAUAAUGAUGAAGAGGAGUAAGAGUAUACUUAAGAAUUUGAAUAACAGCAGAAAUAGUCAUUCCAAUAAAACCAACUAUUCUUUAAUUAGCAUAGUGAAGAAGAAGAGUAUCGCUUCGAUCCUGAUUAGCUAGAAUCGAAUCAGUAGCUAUCAUAAGAUCAGUAAUGA